CUCUCUAAAAGCACCUCGACUCUGUACGGCUUUUUCUCUCUGACGCUCUUUCUCCGUCACUUCUCUUCGAAGAUCCUUUCUUAUCAAAGAGAGAAUCUCUGGGAAGAUAGAGAGGAAGAGGAUUCCUUUUAAUCUAAGAGAGAAUUCUCUUCGAGAUAGAUACAGAGAAAGAAAGAGAGAUGCAAGCCAUCUCGAAAGCUUCUUCUGCUAUCUCCUUCUUUCGAUGUUCUGGGAAGAUAAGAACUCAGACAUGUGUUGCACCAUGUGUGAGACAGCUUAACCUCAGAAAGGGUCUUGUGUGCAGAGUGAUGAGACUGGUCUCUUCACCUCUUAGGACUUUGCGUGGUGCUGGUAAAUCUAUUCGAGUGUCAAAGUUCUGCAGUGUCUCCAAUCUCUCCGCAUUGCAGAUUGAACUGGUGCCUUGUCUUAAGGACAACUAUGCUUAUAUUUUGCAUGACGAAGAUACUGGUACAGUUGGGGUGGUUGACCCUUCUGAAGCUGAACCUGUUAUGGAUUCGUUGCAGAGAAGUGGUCGAAAUCUAACGUAUAUAUUGAACACACAUCAUCACUAUGAUCACACUGGUGGGAAUUUGGAGUUAAAAGAUAGGUACGGUGCAAAGGUGAUUGGCUCAGCGGUAGAUAGAGACCGGAUUCCUGGAAUUGAUAUUGCCUUGAAGGAUGGUGACAAAUGGAUGUUUGCUGGCCAUGAAGUCCAUGUUAUGGAUACUCCUGGCCAUACAAAAGGUCAUAUCAGCUUAUACUUUCCAGGGUCACGAGCUAUCUUCACAGGGGACACCUUGUUUAGCUUAUCAUGUGGUAAACUCUUUGAAGGUACCCCUAAGCAGAUGCUUGCUUCUCUCCAAAAGAUCAUAGCUUUACCAGAUGACACAAGCAUAUACUGUGGUCACGAAUAUACACUGAGUAACUCCAAGUUUGCGUUGUCUAUAGAGACAAACAACGAAGUACUCCAGUCUUAUGCAGCUCAUGUUGCCGAGCUCCGUAGCAAGAAAUUACCUACGAUUCCGACAACAGUGAAGAUGGAGAAAGCUUGUAACCCGUUCCUACGCAGCUCGAAUACAGAUAUUCGUCGGGCUUUAGGCAUUUCAGAGACUGCAGAUGAAGCAGAAGCUCUGGGGAUUAUCCGAGAAGCAAAGGAUAAUUUCAAAGGGUAGGCUUUUGCGAGGUAAAUCUUUUGUUUGCAUCUGUAGUCCAUAAAUAAGGUGUGUGUAGCCUUUUCACAUGGACCUUUUUUUUCUUUUACUUCAAGAAAGACAAAAAAAACACAAAGAGAGAUAAUUUUAAUGUAUAAAAACUUCUAACUUUGGUACAACACCGCAAUUAGGUUUUGGGUGACGAUUAUUCUUCAAAAAUCAAUCAUAUACAGAAAAGAAUUUACCCUUUUUCUUA